AAAAAACAUGUUCACCAGAUUUUGUUGGCUUUUAUGGAUAUUAGAAUACCACAUAUUUUUGGCACAAAACCUCAAUGAAGAAAAAAGAAAUGGAUUAAGAAGAUCAAAACCUAAACAUUUUCUGUCAAAUGCAGUAGAAAAAUAUCCCAGUCCAAGUGACCAAGAUGAAGACUGCCUCCUGGAAAUGGUUUUCUUAUUGGAUAGUUCAGAAAGUGCUAAAGACUAUAAUCAUGAACAACAGAAAAAAUUUGUCCUGGAAACAGUGGACAGAAUGAAAGGACUUCAACUUAACUCUGGACGUACCCUCAGCUGGAGGGCAGCCUUACUUCAGUAUAGCAGCACCGUUCUCAUGGAACAAACUUUCCAAGAUUGGAAGGGUCCUGAAUCAUUCAAAUCUCACAUUGCUCCCAUCACCUACAUUGGUCAUGGAACCUACACAACUUAUGCCAUAACCAAUCUCACCCAAUUGUACUUGACUGAAGGGACUCCCCACAGUGUAAAAGUAGCUGUGCUCUUAACAGAUGGUGUAGAUCAUCCAAGAAACCCAGAUAUUUUUGCAGCUACCGCUGAUGCUAAACAUCAAGGAAUAGUAUUCUUCACUGUGGGAAUGACCAGAGUGGCUGAGGAGGUGGCCAAUGCUGCCAAACUUCGGCUCCUGGCCAGUGUCCCGGCAUCAAGGUUUGUUUUCAACCUCCAGGAGAAAGGAACUGUGGAGAAAAUUCUCAAAGAAAUGAAAAAUCAGGCAGAGGAAGGGUGUCCCCAGGCUCCUAUAUGUAACUGUGAGAAAGGGGAAAGAGGCCUUCCUGGACCUGCUGGUAAAAAGGGUCGUCCAGGUGAUGAUGGGGCGCCUGGCCAGAAGGGACCAAAGGGGGAGCCAGGCCUUAACGGAAUUCCAGGAAGAGACGGAAUAGAGGGGAAAUCUGGAUACAAAGGAGAAAAGGGUGAAAGAGGUGAAUGUGGGACCCCAGGGAUAAAAGGUGACAGAGGUCGAGAAGGUCCAGUUGGUCCCAGAGGCACCAGAGGUCUACAGGGUCCACAAGGGUCACCAGGAGAUCAAGGACCUGAAGGUCUGCAAGGAUCAAAGGGGGAAAGAGGCCUCCCAGGACCUCCUGGAUUCCCUGGGGAAACUGGUAUAGGACUGCCUGGCCCAAAGGGUGACAUUGGCUUGACAGGAAGACCAGGCCCUAUUGGACCCCCUGGUCUUGGUGAACCAGGACUUCCGGGGCCUCAAGGACCACAAGGCAUUCAAGGAGAAAGAGGUUCACCAGGUGAAGGGCUUCCAGGACCAAAGGGAGACCGUGGUUUUGAUGGUCCCAAAGGACCUCGUGGACUUCCAGGCAUUGGCAUAAGAGGUGAAAAGGGUGAAAUUGGCCCUCCAGGUUUACCUGGGCCUAUUGGGUUACCUGGCAUUGGGAUUCAAGGAGAAAAGGGGGUAGUAGGCCCCAAAGGACCUCCAGGUCCAAGGGGACCACCAGGACAAGGGCUACCUGGAUCAAAGGGUGAACAAGGCUUGCCAGGAGAAACUGGAGCUCCAGGAGAAAGAGGUAUUGGAGAACCUGGUUCCAAGGGUGAACCAGGGUCUUCAGGCCUGGCAGGUUUGCCUGGUCUUCCAGGGGAAGAUGGUGCCCCAGGACAAAAGGGGGAGCCAGGACUAUCUGGUCCUCGAGGACCUGAGGGUACUCCAGGGAUCGGAAUACAGGGUGAGAAGGGUGACCAAGGUCAGAGGGGUGUACGUGGAUUAGCAGGACCAGCAGGAACCCCUGGGCCAGCAGGAGCUAAAGGUGAACCUGGUGUACCAGGACGUCUUGGAAUGCCAGGCCUUCCUGGCCGAGCUAUUGCAGGACCAAAGGGUGAUAUUGGGUUACCUGGUCCUGCUGGCCUAAUUGGAGAACCAGGAAUUGGACUUCCUGGUGCAAAGGGUGAGAGUGGUCUCCCAGGACCCCCUGGACCAAUUGGGCUAAAGGGAGAUGGUUAUCCAGGUCCUCCUGGACUUCCAGGUCCUCCUGGAGCUCUUGGUGAGCAAGGCCCUGAAGGAGUUGGAGUACCAGGACCUAAGGGUGAUCCAGGUGUUAGAGGACAAGUUGGUCUCCCAGGUCCACCAGGAGAAGGACUUCCAGGACCAAAAGGAAGUAUAGGACGACCAGGGCCACCUGGUCCCCUGGGACCUCCAGGUGAAGGCGUUCAGGGAACUAAGGGUGAACAAGGAAUUCAGGGAAUACCAGGACCACGAGGGCCUCCAGGGGAAGGAUUUCUAGGACCUAAGGGUGAUCGUGGUGCUACUGGUGAAAAAGGUAAAAAAGGAGAAAAAGGGAACCUGGGUGAUCCUGGCUUGUCUGGAGAACCUGGCAAAACAGGACCCAAGGGAGAGCAAGGCCUAUCAAGAGAAGAUAUAAUUAAACUAAUUAAAGAGAUAUGUGGCUGUGGUAUUAAAUGCAAGGAAAUACCUAUGGAGCUUAUAUUUGUUAUUGACAGCUCUGAAAGUGUAGGACCAGAAAAUUUUGAGAUAAUCAAAGACUUUGUCACUGCUUUAGUAGACAGAGUAACUGUAGGUAGAAAUGCUACCAGAAUUGGUCUUGUGCUCUACAGUUUAGAAGUUCGGCUAGAAUUUGGACUUAACAGGUAUACAACUCAACAGGAUGUGAAGCAAGCAAUUAGGAAAAUGGUGUACAUGGGCGAAGGCACAUACACAGGAACUGCUAUACGCAAAGCAACCCAAGAAGGAUUUUUUGGGGCUCGAACUGGUGUUCGAAAAGUAGCUAUUGUGCUUACAGAUGGCCAAGCAGACAAGAGAGAAGCUAUUAAACUAGAUAUCGCUGUCCGAGAAGCUCAUGCAGCCAACAUUGAAAUGUAUGCAAUAGGAAUUGUAAAUACUUCAGACCCAACGCAAGUUGAAUUCUUGCGAGAACUAAAUCUGAUUGCAUCAGAUCCUGACAGAGAACAUAUGUAUCUCAUUGAUGACUUUAAUACUCUUCCAGCUUUGGAGUCCAAGUUAGUAAACCAGUUUUGUGAAGAUGAACAUGGUGCCUUAAUAUAUAAUCGUAUUGGAAAUGGUGCAAGCAUAAGCAGACCAUCUAUUCAUUCAGUGUCUUCUAGUUCUUCACUUUACUUACUUCACAACAAAAAUGAUGCUAAUGGACAGUGGGUUUCUUCAGAGAGACAUGUAACAGCUAUGAUAGAAAACUCUAUGAAUCUUGGCAAGCUGUCUCAACCAUUAGUUCCGACCAAAAAGCCACUGGUGGUAGUUUAUAAAGACUCUGAAGAAGAUUCUGAGGUUGAGCAGCCAUUCUCCCCCUCAGUGAACACCAAAGUAAUGGUAUCAGCAUUACCAUCUUCCUCAUCCUCUUCACCACUUCUGCCAUCAGACCAAGUGCUGUCAUCAUCUCUUUCACCUUCCUCUGUGGUGCCAGAAAAUACUCUGGAUCCACGAUGUAAAUUAAGAUUAGAUCAAGGGUCAUGUCGUAUGUAUAUAAUAAAAUGGUACUAUGAUAAGCAAGCCAAUGCCUGUGCUCAGUUUUGGUAUGGUGGCUGUGAUGGAAAUGCCAAUCGCUUCGAUAGUGAAGAUGACUGUAAAGAGGCCUGUGUAUUUUUUGCAGGAGAAAUCUGACAUUUUGUAUGGAUUCUACAAUGAAGAUGACUUCAUUUGAGUUUUUUAGCAAAAAUUUUACAUAAAUGCUAUUUUUACAUUUUAAAUAUGAUAUUGGAAUUAUGGCCAAAUACUACUCAGGGGUUAUCAGAUGCAUAUUACCCACAGCUGUCAACUUCCUACAUGAGAACCUGAAAGAGAAGAACAGUUAUUUGAGAGGCUGUGGAACAUGCUAUUCUUGGAUGGUUUCCCAGUUUUACCAUCAACUUGUUCUGUGACUUUGGGCAAAUCACAUAGCUCCUAUGGGAAUCAUUCUAACCAUCUGUAAAAUAGAACAACAGUAUAUUCCUUCCUUGCAGAUGUUGAGGGCAUAAAUGCUUUAUGGUUGUAUAAGUGACAUUACUUGCAAAGAUUCAUAAAAAGCAUACAAAACAUAAUAUGUAAAGACCUCCACCAUCUCUUAAGAUACAAGAUGAAUCUAGGUAAGAAAGUCUACAGAUGCAUAUGUAAAUUAUUUUAACAGAAA